UCAUGAAACACUUACUUACACGCACUCUUUUGUUCUUGUUCUAAAACUCUCUCUCCCAGAAAUAGAAAAAGAAAGAAAGAGAAAAACAGUGUGUGUUUCAGAAUAGAAUCUCCUUCACUGCACCUUUUUCCCUUGCUUUCUUCACCUUUUUCUUAAGUUGAAGAUUGAGGUUGAUUUAGAGAUCAAUGUUAGAGAUGAGAUCUAGUUCACUGUACAAGAGAAUGAAAUUGAAAACUGAUAUACAAAAAGUUGUAUUUGUAUUGGUGUUGAUCUGUAUAGUUCAGUUUUCAUUUGCAGCUACUAAUCCCACUGAUGUUGCUGCAAUUAAUAGAUUAUAUGCUGCAUUGGGCAACCCUGUUCUUCCUGGGUGGGUUGCUAGUGCGGGAGACCCGUGCGGAGAAGCGUGGCAAGGCGUUCAAUGUAAUGAUUCACUCAUACAAGAAAUAACUCUGAUUGGUGCAAAUUUGGGAGGAGUAUUGGGUGAUAGCUUGGGGCCGUUUGUUUCUAUCAAAUCAAUAUCUCUAAGCAACAACCACAUUGGAGGAAGUAUUCCAUCAAGUUUACCUGCCACGUUGCAAUCCCUUUUUCUUUCAGGUAACCAGUUCACCGGAAGUAUUCCAGUCUCUUUAUCCACAUUGACAGAACUGACUGCCAUGUCUCUUGAUAAUAAUCUGUUAACUGGAGAAAUACCAGAUGCCUUUCAGUCUCUAACGCGAUUGACCAAUCUAGAUUUAUCUCAUAACAAUUUGAGCGGGGAAUUGCCUCCAUCUGUAGAGAAUUUGUCAGCUGUGACCACCUUAAAUUUACAGAAUAAUAACCUGUCUGGGACACUCGAUGUUUUGCAAGACCUUCCACUGACAGAUUUGAAUGUUGAGAACAACCAGUUUUCUGGACCAAUACCUCAAAAGUUGUUAACCAUUACCAACUUCAGAAAAGAUGGAAACCAAUUUGACCUCAAUAGUAAUGUUACUAUUGCACCAACUCGCCCACCUCAUUCUCCGGUAACAGCAUCUCCGGUAACAACAUCACCAUCAGGAACUGUAGUUUCUGGGACACCAUCUUCUGGACGUGUACCAACUAAACAGGCCGGUGGACCAACUGCAUCAAAGGAUUCAAGUUCCGGGAAAUCGAAAAAAAAUACCAAAAGAGUGGUUUGGAUAAGUAUUUCUGGUGUAUUGGGGUUUAUCAUCUUGGUACUGGCACUUCUUCUCUUUCUUCCAAGAUGUAGCAAAAGGGAACGGGUCGGCAGAACUUCUAAGCAACAUCAGAUUGGAGCAUAUGGAGGCGAAAGAACGAAUCCUUGGAAUAAUGGGGCUCUAGUCCAACCACCUAGUCAAACUGAGAAAGUACCAAAAGCGGCUGUUGUAAGGCCAAAGGAGAAUCAUCAAGCAGAGAAAAAUGUACAAAGAAUGGAAGCAUUGCCAAAGCUAUUAAGUCAUGACAUAGAUAUGAGUGGACUAGAUGUAGAUUCAAUGCCACCUCCACCUCCACCUCCUCCUCCACCUCCUGCUCCACCACUUGCUGCGGAGAAGGUGAUCGUCGAGCCAACCACAUUCCCCGGAGGGUCCAACAUUAAUCCUUCCAAAAGUAGCCUGGUUCCUCCGACAUUUGCAAAAUCGUUCACCAUUGCAGCCCUUCAACAGUAUACAAAUAGCUUUUCUCAAGACAAUCUUAUAGGAUUAGGCAUGUUGGGGAGUGUAUAUAGGGCAGAGCUUCCUAAUGGGAAGAUACUUGCUGUGAAGAAGCUAGACAAGAAAGUUUCUGAUCAAGAUGAUGCUGAGUUUAUUGAACUGGUUAAUAAUAUUGACAGAAUUCGGCAUGCAAAUAUUGUUGAGCUUAUUGGUUACUGUCUAGAGCAUGGACAGAGGCUUCUAAUCUAUGAAUACUGCAAUAACGGGUCAAUGUAUGAAGCACUUCAUUCAGAUGAUGAAUUCAAAACAAGACUUUCUUGGAAUGCUCGUAUUCGGAUAGCACUUGGGGCUGCCAGAGCAUUAGAGUACUUGCAUGAGCAAUGUCAGCCACCUGUUAUACACAGAAAUUUCAAGUCUGCUAACAUUCUCCUUGAUGAAGAUCUAUCUGUGCGUGUAUCUGAUUGUGGUUUGGCUCCAUUAAUAACUAAAGGUUCUGUACGUCAGCUCUCAGGACAGCUGCUAGCAGCUUACGGCUACGGGGCUCCAGAAUUUGAGUCAGGAAUUUACACCUAUCAGAGUGACGUUUACAGCUUUGGAGUCGUUAUGUUGGAACUUUUGACAGGCCGUCAGUCCUAUGACAAAAAACGUCCUCGAGGUGAGCAGUUUCUUGUGAGAUGGGCAAUUACUCAACUUCAUGACAUUGAUGCGUUAUCAAGGAUGGUUGAUCCUUCUCUAAAUGGAGCUUACCCUGCCAAAUCAUUGUCAAAUUUUGCAGACAUUAUUUCUAGAUGUGUUCAGUCUGAGCCAGAAUUUCGACCAGCGAUGUCAGAGGUUGUUUUGUACUUGCUAAAUAUGAUAAGGAGGGAUUCUCAACAAAAUGAAUAAAAUGAAAGAUGAAAAUGGUAAUGAUAUUUGGAUAUAUGAAUGAAUUGCAAGAAGAUUUUACCUGAAAAUUUCAGAAUCUCAACUAGUGAAGACAUGCAUGUUACAACAUCCUAUAAGAGGGUUUGUUACUUCCAAAGAAAUACUAACCAUUCAAUAUUGACAUGCCAUGUUCUGCAAGGAGGUUUAUCCAAUCAGCUUCAGAGAAUUGUUGGCACCAACACCCCUGUAGUUAUUAUAUUUAUAAUUUAAUGUGUGAUAAUUUUCAUGGUUCAUUAAACCAUGCCCCAUGUUACCUUGGUAAUUGACCCAUUUAUUUAUUUGAUGAUUGUUCCAUAUUGUUGGUGAUGGAAUGUGAUUUUGUAGCAAAUUAUAGUUACUAGUAUUUUAUUAUGUCCAUUCCUGGUAAUGAAAUAAAAUUUUGAUAA